ACAGCUGGAGUUUAUAGACAGCGGUGUGCAGUUAUGUGCCUUUUUCGAAAGGCUGCGUUUAUCUGACUGACUCUGAAUUGCCUGCUGGAUGUCUGCAGUUUGCCACGUUCAUCCCAGAGGAUCAGCAACUUACUUGCCCCUCCUGUCCACCCCGUCCAUGCACCUAGUGACCUGAGUGUCAUCACAGAGCAUCAUGGAGGCGGGGCCAUUCAGCCGGAAGCAGUGGGCUUCACAGUCGCUGCGCAUCACAGCCAAAGAACUCUCAUUGGUCGGCGGUCGUGGCAAGAACAAUGCCAUCGCUGAGCGCUUUUCCAAAUAUCAGAAGGCUGCAGAGGAAGCAAGUGCGGAUAGGAAGAAAUCGCCUGUCGAUAGCCGACCGCCGACCUUACGCUCGGGCAACCUGAGUGUGCUGAAGAAGCGCUGGGAGCAGGACAAAGCUGGACUGCAGCUCAGCGUCGCACCUCCUUUAGAAGCAUCGAGACCAGAACCUCCAGCAGAGCCCCAACCUCCCACUCGCUCCAGCAGCUUUGUCCGGCAGGGCAGCCUGAGGCAGCCCCUGACCCGCUGGGAGCGACCUGUGCAGGUGAAGGAAGAGAAGGAGGCGGCAGAGAUGGAAAGGAAGCAGGAGAGGCCGGUGGAGGAGGAGCAGGAGGAGCACCCACUGUCCCCAACCUCGCCCUGCUCGCCACUGGAGAAACCCAGCGUGCCCCUCAACAGCCUGAAGAUGAUGUUUGAGAAAGGGGAAAGCAAGGUACGAGGGGGACUGAACAGCACUUCUUCAGAAGAUAUGGAUAUCCGACCAGCAGACAGAGGUCUGAUCACCCUGGAGCGGACCAAAUCACUCAGGGACAGGUUGGCCAAGUAUCAGGCAGCCGUUUCCAAACAGGACGCCCGCUCCCCUCCGCGCUCAUCUAACCCAUCUGAAAGUGAGGGAAGCCCUUCCACCACGGACCACAAGGAAAAUGUGCCCCCUGGUGGCAGAAGGCAGGCAGUGAAUGCGCCCUCUUCAGAUACACCAAGCACAAAGACCAAUGGCGUGUUGGCUGAUGCAGUGAGCCCCAGCACUGAAGCCUCUGAGCCAGAGAGCAGCGACACACCCAAACUGGUUCGGGGACAGAAGUUCCGUCUGACGGCGAGGGAGACCUGCGUGGCCUGCCAUAAGACUGUUUAUCCAAUAGAGAAACUGGUCGCCAAUCAACAGAUUUUCCACAACACCUGCUUCCGCUGUACACACUGCAGCACCAAACUCAGUUUGGUCAACUAUGCCUCUCUACAUGGUAACAUUUACUGUAAGCCCCACUUCAACCAGCUCUUCAAGUCCAAGGGAAACUAUGACGAGGGUUUCGGCCACAGGCCCCACAAGGAGCUGUGGACUCCCCGAGCUGAUGAUGAGGAGGAGGCUGAAGAGUCUGAAAAACCUCAGCUUGCCAUGCCUGAACCUUCACCAGUGAAAUCCAUCCCAGAGCCCACUCCCAAAUCGGACCCAAGCUCCGCAGUGGAGGAAUCUCCUCUGGCCAAAGUUACCGACCUCACAGCUUCCCUUGAGACAAAGGCUCAGAUGAGCAGCUUAGUGGAAAAAAACCCAACUGCCUCUCUGGAGACCAAGAGGCUGAAGAUUGCUUGGCCCCCAUCUUCAGACAGUGAAGGCAGUCCCAAGGGUGCCGGCAUCGAGAGUGUAAGGUCUUCAUUCAGGCCAUUCAGAGCAAAGUGGCCACCAGAGGGAGACACACCGUCCACUAUGGAGAGCAGUGAGCGGGCUGAGCUGAGGAGUCUCCGGCGCAGCUCCUCUCUCAAGGAGCGAAGCCGGCCGUUCUCUGUGGCACCGAGCUUGGAAUCUGCCAGUUCUGUGCAGCAGGAGCCACGGCGCCCCCUCAGGUCGCCAGUGGUGAGGCGAGGCUCAUUGGAGGAGCUUCGCUCAUCUUCCAAAGUUCAAACCAUGCAGAAAGAGCAGGAAAAGGAAAAAGUAGAGAAGAACGAAGAAACCAGGAAGGCUCCGAUCAACAAAGAAUCCAGGAAGGCCUCAGUCACUGACCGCAAAACCAUAAAUGGCGAUACUAGUUCAGAAGAGGAGGUGGAGAGUCCCAAAAAAACGGAAGAGAAAGCCAAAAUGCCUCAUUCAAUUCUCAAACGGCCACAACCGACCAAGGUAGAAGCUCUUGAUGACCACGAGGACGAAGCUGAAGAACAUCGCAGCGAGUCUCCUGAACUCUCGCACCCUCCAGCUGUAGUAAGCAAGGCCAACAGAACGUCCCAGGACGUGGGCUUCUGGGACGGAGAAGAGGCGGAGGAGGCUCUGACAGUGGAGAAGAUGAUCAAGAGGAACCGCUAUUAUGAGGAGGAUGAGGACGAGGAGGAAGUGGCAGAAGUGUGAAACCCCUUGACCCAGCUUCAGCUGCACCUGUGGCACAAUGAACCUGCCAUAUUUACAGUUUUAUUAUCUCAGUUCAGUCUCUAUAUUCUUGUUUUCAAUUUUCAUAUUCAUCUCAUUCAUUUUCACACUAGAUUAGAACUGGAUCAAAGAAAAGCAUGUUUAUUGCCGGUACUCCUUUCCUUUUAUCUCCAUUUUAUCUUUCAGUUACUGGAACAAAAAGUACUUUCUUUCUUCAGGUUUUGUUUCUCCUAUGGGUCACAGUAAACAUUCUUAUUCUUUUUUUUUUAAUUCCUGCAAUAAGACAACACCAUAAUUGGCCAAAUAAUUUGAUACUAGAGAUAUUUUUGUCAAUUUUUUUUUUACAGUAUGAGAACAAAGGGCAAGAUAUCAUUGAAAAUUGACAUUUUUACAAUUUAUAAUUUAAUUAUAUCUUUUAUAUUUGUAAGAGGAUCAUAUUAAAAUAAUCUAUACAUUCUACUAUGCAUUUUAAAUCAUUUUCCACUUUAUUUAUACUUGAAGAACAGGUUGGCAGGUCAGUUUCAUACAUUCCAUUGAACGUGUUCUCUUUAAGGGCUUCUCAUUUGGUUAUCUUAUAUGAAAACAAACAUGGUGCCUAUCAAACUGUCUUAGUGAAUGGUAGAAUUUACAAUUUCCAAAUGUUUUAUAUUCUGCUUUAUAAGAGACCAAAAAAGGGUUUAUUUGCCUUAUGUUCAAGAUUUUGACUGUAAACUGUCUCGGAAAUUUAAUAAAUGAUCUGAAAAGCAAUAUUA